GUCGUUUCUCAGUAUUGCAUUCUCGCCUCUGCUGGCAUCUCUUGCUCCAUUUUCUUUCCAGGCGCAAUCUUGAAUUACAAAUCUUCUUUCCCGCAUUGUGGGCCACUUUGCAGAAGAUGAAAGCCGCCAGCAUCAAAUUAAACAGUGGCUACGAGAUGCCUCUGGUAGGCUUCGGCCUUUGGAAGGUCAACAAUGAUACCUGCGCUGAACAAGUGUAUAACGCAAUUAAAGUAGGGUAUCGUUGCUUCGAUGGCGCUUGUGACUACGGAAAUGAGGUCGAAGCAGGUCAGGGGGUAGCUCGCGCAAUCAAAGAUGGUUUAGUUAAGAGGGAGGAUCUCUUCCUUGUCUCUAAGCUGUGGAACACUUUUCAUGACCCAGAACACGUCGAACCAAUUUGUAAAAAGCAGUUGGCAGAUUGGGGCAUUGAUUAUUUUGAUCUCUACCUAAUCCAUUUUCCAAUUGCUUUGAAGUAUGUCGAUCCAUCAGUCCGCUAUCCGCCAGGCUUCACAUACGAAGGGAACAAAAUAAUCCUUAGCAACGCAUCUACCCAGCAAACUUGGACCGCAAUGGAGAGCCUCGUGGACAAGAAACUCACCCGGAGCAUUGGAAUCAGUAACUUCAAUGCCCAGCUCAUCAUGGACUUACUCCGAUAUGCGCGUAUACCUCCUGCAACGCUUCAAAUCGAGCACCACCCAUACCUCACUCAACCAGAUUUGGUCAGGUACGCCCAGAAAUCAGGUAUCGCGGUGACUGCAUACUCCUCCUUUGGCCCGCAGAGCUUCGUUGAGCUGGAAAUGGAGGCCGCCAAGAGAGCGCCCCUCCUCCUGGAGCAUCCUGAUAUCAAGUCCAUCGCUCAGGAUCACGGAAAGGCUCCUUCACAAGUUUUGCUGCGCUGGGCCACCCAGCGUGGCAUUGCUGUUAUCCCGAAAAGCAACAAUCCCAAUCGCUUGGCUAUGAACUUGGAUGUCCUUGGAUUUGAUUUGACAGAAGACGAGAUCAAGACAAUUAGCGGAUUAAACCAAGGACUUAGAUUCAAUAAUCCUCCACGUUACGGUUUCGAUCUCUCCAUUUUUGCCUAGAAAGGAUGACCUUUAAGUAGUGCUGGUUGAAGUAUAGAUGAUAUGGUUUACCCCACGACUGAUUCUACAGUCUGGAUCCUAAUAAACUUUAAAGGUGGUUCAUCUCGAUCCAAUCUUGAUGGGACUAUUUCUACAGAUUGAGUUAGGAUUUCAGAUAUACGCCAAUAUAAAAAAGAUGAGUUGAUAUUGAAAAUGGACCAUGUAAAGUCUAAGAACUAAAAGUCCCUCUACCUGUGCAUAUUAGAGCAUGUACUUCGUAUAGUGCCGCCCGUUAGCUGCGACAUAUGUCUGCAGUUAAAGGUAUUGGGAUCCUUCGCUCGGAUAUUAUACGCUCCAAUGAUUGUUCGUUCGAAGCCGUAUCCUUUUUCAAUUCCCGCCACCUUGACCUUUGCAACAACCAUGAAGAACUUCCAGUGAAGGCUUAUGAAAGUCCACCGGUUGCAUCCUUAUGAUGUAGUCGACCGGCACCCUUUGAAGGAAUUUGCUGCUGCAAACCAUUUCUCAUAGCGGACAAAUCUCUUCGGGGGGCCACAGUUGGACGGCAAAGAAAGUUUAUACCAAGGGCAAGAGUCGCAUUUGGAAUUCCAAGUUCCACACCUUCUUUGGGGAUCUGGAGCGGAAGAUCAAUGUGGCGAUAAAACUCAAUAGACCACGCCAUUCAAGACUCGAAUUUACGAGUCUAGAGAAUUCUAAGAGGUGUAAAUGUCUGUUAGCCUUCCACGGGCUUGCUCCGGUGCCUGGCUGUUAGGUGUUGGGGGUUUGCCGCUUUAAAUAUAGGGGUGAUUCCCCGACCUGCCUCCCAAUCCAUAUCCGGAGAAUUCUCCUUCAGUGCCUUAACCACUUGCUACGCAAUGGGCGCUUCUCCUUCUGCCGCAAACCCUGCCUUUGGAUUAGCAUCCGCAUCUACUCUUUUUCGCUCCCCCUCUCUUUCCUUUUCCAUGCCUCUCUUCCAUAGCUUCAUCAGUGACAUAGCUCCAUUCUCCUCCGAUUCGCGCAGCCACAUACCCUGAAUCC